GAAUAAAUACCUAGAUAGGCACAGUAAAUAUUUGAAAAAAUUAAUCAACUGCAAAAACAAACGCAAAUUUAAUUCGACGAGUAUGCUAAGUUUAUUCUAGAGAACACCAAUGAAAAAAUUAUACAAAAAGAUUUUCAAGCACAAUUUACAAAAGUGGAAGUAUUAUCUAAUCUGCUGAAAAGUCUCUAUGAAAAUAAAAAAUAUACGAAUAAUUUUCAAAUUCUAAGCUUUGGAAGCUUUGGAAUGGUAUUAGCUACUAAAAAAGCUAAACUUGAUAAAAAAGAAAUAGUGUUAAAAAUACAAAAAAUAGAAGAUGAAUAACAUAUCUAAAAUGAAAUUAGUAUUAUGUAGAAAUUAAAAGAGCCACUAGUGGUAUAGCUUUAUGAUAGCUAUAUAAUAGAGAAUAAAAUAGGACCUGAUAGAUACUCAGUCUUUGAAUUAGAAAAAUGCUCAUGUUCGUUAGAUGAAUAUCUUGAUAGAUAAAACAAAGAUGGAUAAUUUAACGACGAUGAUAAAUAUUAAAUAGCGAUCUAAAUUAUAGAUUCUGUUAAUUAUAUUCACUCAUUUAAUAUCAUUCAUAGAGAUAUUAAACCAGAAAAUUUUUUGGUUUAUUUAGAUGGAAAAUAACCAGAAAUAAAAUUAUGUGAUUUCGGCUUAUCUGCUUAGAUUCCAGAUAAUAAAGAUUCAAUUCAAGCUAUAGAAAGCAUAGGUAAUUUAGGAUAUUCAGCACCUGAAAUACUAAAUAAAUAGGAUAAUGAACUUAAGAUUUAUUCAAAGAAAUCGGAUUCGUAUUCAGUAGGAUUAUUACUAGCUUUCUUAGAUAAUUAUUAAGAUCUGAAGAAAAAUGCACCUUUUACUUUCUUAUUAAUGACAAAAAAGCAGUUAGAUAAGCCUUUCGAAAAAUCUAAGAUUAAAAUUAACAAAAAUUCAGAAAUUUAUAAAUUUAUUAACCUUCUUGUUGUUUCUGAUAGUGGUUAAAGAGCAUCUCUGUAUGAUAUUGUUGAAUAAAGCGAUACAAAAUUCUUAACUAAUUCAAAAGAAAUGAAAUAAAUCGUGCAAAAAACUCUUUUGGUGCAAAAUGAUAAAAAAAUAGAGCAAAAUACGACUAUAAAAAUUAGAUCUAUAAAGGAUUUGAGCAAAGCUUAAAAUUACAAUAUUGUCGAAAUAUAUUUAGAGUCAAAUAGUAUUGGUGAUGAGGGUGCAAAAGAUUUAGGCACAGGAAUAGCGUAGUGCAAGAAUAUCACAAGUUUGACAAUUGAUUUAUACAAUAAUAGUAUUGGUGCAUAGGGUGCAAAAGAUUUAGGCACAGGAAUAGCGUAGUGCAAGAAUAUCACAAGUUUGACACUUUCUUUAUUCAAUAAUAGACUUUUUGCAUAGGGUGCAAAAGAUUUAGGUACAGGAAUAGCGUAGUGCAAGAAUAUCACAAGUUUGACAAUUGAUUUAUAGUCAAAUAGUAUUGGUGAUGAGGGUGCAAAAGAUUUAGGCACAGGAAUAGCGUAGUGCAAGAAUAUCACAAGUUUGACACUUUAUUUAUUGAAUAAUCAGAUUUCUCAAUCAAAAGAAUAAUUCGAAAAAAUAUUAAGAGAUCAAUUAAAAAAAUAAGAAAUAAAAUAAAUUUAAUUGAAUGUGAUUAAAUAACAUAAUCUAACUUAGUGA